CGAAUCUUUUAGCUAUAAAUCCCUCCUCAUUGGAAACAACUUUACAUUCGUCAAUUUCAAAUAUUUGAAAAUCCAAACAUCUAAACUUCUCAUCAGUUUUGUAUAGUUCGUUUGAGCCACUAGGGACUAAAUAAGGACGACCAGAAAAUGGAUUUAUGAAAUCAGCCCAGUAACCGUUAUUUCUUAGUUUUGAGCAAAUAUUUUUGGCAGUAAUUAAAAACUAAAAUUGCAACACAUCAAUUAUAAUUCAAAUAAGUCUAUGCUACUACCAUUUGAGCAAGUUUUUCAGUUUCCACUUCCUUAUUGACUCUAACUUGUUUCAAAUCUGGCUUCAAAUUAAUCGUUAUAACAGACAAUUCACUCUUUUCUAGAGUCCUGUAAGGAAACAGUUCGCAAACAGUUUGCCUCAAAACUGUAGGGCAAGUUUGCACCCUCAAAAUCAUAUCAGAAUCGGGAUUGUCACCUGUAUCUUCAACUUGUUCCAUAAUGAUUUCAUGGUGAGUUUUUAUUGUGGUUUGUGUGUCGUACCAGGCCAAACCGAUGUUGCCUCUCAGAAAUAAUGGAAACCCAUUAGAGGCAAGCAAUUCAAAGCUGGGAUCACGCCAUACCAAAUUUGAAUCUGAAAUAAUUUCAAAAAACUUUGUUUUUGUUGCAUCACCCAUAACCUAAACUACUAAACUUUACCUGGCUCAGGUCUUUUGCCUUUUACUAUUUUAUAUGGUCCAUUAGUGUUGCUUACUUUUCUUGAAUAGUAUCUGACCGAAUUUUGUCCGCUCAAAACACUAUUUUUUGGUAAUUUAAAUUUGGCUAGACAAAUCAAAAUAUUUCUACUUGACAUUUUGUUCUGUUGUGUUUGACAUUCAAAUUUUUUUCUGCUACGUUGCCAAAUCGCAUGAUUGGUUUGUUAUUUAUGGUAAACGAGAUUUUUUCAAUUUUCAAAUUCAAUAAAUCAAUAUUUAUUUAUUUAUAAAUAAUUAUUAUUAUCUACUCCAAGAAGAUAGUUUUUCAUGAUCUCUAAUGCUCAAUCCAGCCUUUUUCAAAUCGUCUCUCAAAUUAUCACACAACUUCAACAAAUCCUUAUUUCUAUCUUGUAAACCUAAAUUUCUAACUUCUUGCCUGAAAUGCACCAACAAAUUUAUAAAUUCUGUAGAAUCUUCACUUUGCAACUUUUUAGCCUCAUCAAAAUCAAGUCCAAAAGUAUUUAAAGUAUCUAAAACUAAAUUUUCAAUAGCCACAAGAUAAUAUACAUUAUCAGUAGUCUUGGUUUGAUAAUUUGCAGCUGAAUUUAUCAUACAAUUCAUCUUUGAUACUAUAUGAUUUAAAAUUUGAAUUACUCGAGGAGUAUUGAAAUUAUCACAAAAAGCCUCAUGUAUUUCCUUAACAGACCUCAUUAACAAUUCACACAAAACAUCAUUAUUCAAAACAGGCCUAAUAAAUCCUUGUUUAACUUCCCUACAAGCAACCAAAAAAAUUUUAUAACAUUUCAAAACAUUUUUAGCAGUAUCUAGUAAUUCUGCAUGAUAUUCCAUAGGACUUGAAUAUUGAUUCAUUACACAAGUCAAUCUAAACACAUCAGGUUCAACAUCUUUUAACAUAUCCUGAAUAGAAAUUGUAUUUUUUAAACUUUUAGACAUUUUCGUUGAAUGUUUAAGGUGCAACUGGCCAGUGUGCAGCCAAUAAUUCACCCACUGGUGAUUAUCGUGAAAUGCACAACUUUGAAUUUCUUCAUUUUCGUGAUGAGGAAAUCUCAAAUCCAAACCUCCCGCAUGGAUGUCAAUAUUUGAACCAAAAAUGUGCGAGGCCAAUGUAGAACAUUCUAUAUGCCAACCAGGUCUGCCUUUGCCCCAAGGACUAUCAAAAAAUGGUUCGUUUUGGUUCUUCAAGCUUUUCCACAAGGCAAAAUCUGCAGGUGCCAGUUUGUGAGGGUUUGACGGUACCAAAACGAUUUCGUUAAUGUUUUGUAGCCUGCCAGGUGAAUGGCAACUUCUAGAAGAAUCAAAGUAAACUGAAUUGUCAGUGGUUUUAUAGGCGUAGCCUUCUUCUUCAAGCUUUUUGAUAAAAUCAAUUAUUAAAGGCAUAUUUUCUGUUACUCUAACUACUACAUCAGGUUGAGGGAUGUUUAGGUCGCCUAAAUCUUUCCAAAAUUCUUUUUCGUAUUGCUUGGACACUUCUUUAUAGUCCACCUUUAAUUCGAUGGCUCGUUUUAUAAUCUUAUCGUCCACAUCUGUGAUGUUCAUACAAGUGACCAAAUUCAAACCAAAAUGAUUCUUCAAUAUUCUCUGGAUUAUGUCCAGUUUCACGUAGCAGCUAGCAUGACCGAUGUGCGAGGAAUCGUACACUGUGGGGCCGCAAGUGUACCAAGUAACUGCAUUUUUGUUUUUCACUAUUAGGGGUUCGAUUUUUCUCGUUACGCAAUUGUAAAUGUUGAUUGAGGUGUUGUGGCCGGUGGGCUGAGUCCAGAUAUGAUAGGAACACGAUUUUUGAGUUAGGAAUCUGGAUUUGAACAUUUUUAGUUGGAUUUUUAAGACUGUUUAUAAAUAAAUAAAAGUUGGGUUAUGUUAUGUUGUUUUGUUGAUGCUGUACUUUGCAGUGUUGCCAGAUGGAUAUUUUUGUUAACAGUAGGCUAUGGACAAAAACUAGUAGAUUUUUGAAAAGCGUAUUUUUGUAGUAAAACAAGCAAAGAAAAUAUAAAUAAAAACACAAGCAAAAUACUUAAAAUACAAUUAUCCCAUAUUUUUAUUCCAAUAUAGACUCCACAUUGACAACAUUGAAAGCAUAAAUAAUGAUGCUCGACGCUUAUUGGUAGAAAAGAUCACGUGAGGCAUUUUGCGACCAAUAGGCAGCUUUGUUUAUGUUUUCGAUAUUGACAUUGUCACCGUCAAAGAAUGGCUAGGAGUCUUAACUUGAAAAUUAAUUAUUUAAAAUAAGAAUUAAUUAUGUAGAGAGCUUCCUCUACUCUAGCAUUUUAAGUACUCAGUCGCCUAGGAAUCAAGAAUUUCUUAGAAUACUGAUGAACAAAUAGAGAUAGUAGAAACUUUCCUGGCUCCUGGACAGCACAGGUGCUUAAUUAAAAGGAUACAAUUUCAGGAAAUUGUAAAAAUGUCCUUGGACGAAGAUAUUGCAUCUCCAAAUCCUCAAACCGAAGAAUCGAAAGCCAUUCUGCCAGAAAAAUCAAAAAGCGUUUACCAGAGAGCACACGGCAAUUUCACAAACUGGUGCACUCAGAAAAACGUUGAAACCAUCACAGAAAAUGUCCUGCUGGCCUACUUUUCAGAAAAAUCCAAAAACUACAAAGGCUCGUCCCUAUGGACUUUUUAUUCGAUGCUCAAGUCAACCAUAUUCGUGGAAAGAGGUCUGAACAUUGGCAAAUUUGGCAACUUAAUUUCAUUUUUGAAAAGCAAAGCUGGAAGUGAGAAACCUAAAAAGUCCAAAGUAUUAAAAAAAGAAGAAGUAACCCGAUUCAUUAAAUCAGCUCCUGAUGAUACAUUUUUAAUGGCAAAGGUAGCCCUUAUUCUAGGAAUAUAUGGAGGUUGCAGCCGAGAAGAGCUAACCAAUCUUCAAGUAGAUAACAUCCAAGACUGUGAGAGUGUAUUAAUAGUAACAUUACAGAAAUCUUGUAGAACAUUCACUGUGGUCAACAAUGAGCAAAACUUUCUUAAAUAUUACCGCAAAUAUGCAGGGCUACGCCCCAAAGAUGUACAACACAGAAGGUUCUUCUUGAACUACAGAAAUGGCAAGUGUUCAAGUCAACCUGUAGGCAAAAAUACCUUUGGUAGCAUGCCUACCAAAAUGGCUGAAUUUUUAGGGCUUCCAGAACCUUCACUUUAUACUGGACAUUGUUUUCGAAGGACUUCUUCAAUUCUUUUGGGUGAUAGUCAUUCAAGGCAACCAAUUGCCUGGAGAUAUUCAUCUAAAUCAAAACAACCUAAAGAAGCGACUCAUCAAAAAAUCAUAUUAGAACCUUCAUCGUUUCAGUCAUCAACAUCUUCAUCUAGUAAAUCAUUAGUUGUUGAAAAUGAAAAUUCAAUUGAGAUAUCUUCAUUGCAAAAUGAUAAUUUAGAUUAUAGUACGUUAAACUAUUCUAAUGUUCCUUCUGUUACACUGAAUAAUUGUAGUAAUUGUAAAAUAUCUAUACACAUUCAUAUACAAGAUAAUUAA